AUGAAAAAUAUCAUUAAAAAGCUUGGUUUGGAUUAUAAAAAGAUUGAUGUACGCCCAAAUGAUUGUGUGCUUUUCUGGAAAGGUAAAAUUGGAUUAGAUAAAUGCCCAACUUGUGAUGCAUUGCGGUGGAAAACAUCAAAUGAUGGAACAAUCAUAGAAUUGGCUAAUGGUAAAAAGGUUCCAGUAAAGCGGGAAAAGAAUGGCAAGAUGAGGCAUCCUGCUGAUUCAUGUGCAUGGAAAGAAUUUGAUGAGAGGCAUUAUGAUUUUUCUAAGGAUCCUCGAAAUGUAAGGCUUGGCUUAAGUAGUGAUGGUUUUAAUCCUUUUGGCCCCAAGGGUCUAGGAAAUGAUAUUGAUGUGUUCUUAGAACCUCUAAUUGAUGAGUUAGAAAUACUAUGGAAGGUCGGUGUAGAAACUUAUGAUGCCUCAAGAUGUGAAACAUUCACAUUACAUGCAGCUUUAAUUUAUACCAUCGACGACUUCCCUGCCUAUGGUAACCUCUCUGGUUGGCCAACAAAAGGUAAACGUGCAUGUCCUUAUUGUAAUGUUGAUACAUGCUCUAUAUAUCUUAAAGGAAGCAAGAAAUCAAAAGAUACUACCCUCUCACGUCUUGAUUUAGUACAUUUGAACAUAAGGAAGAAUCUCCACCCAAAAGAAGUUAGUGGGAAGACAUAUCUACCUCCUGCGAAUUUUACACUAAGUAAGAAAGAAAAGGAAGAGAUGUUAGCUGUAUUAGCUUCUGUUAGAGUUCCAAAUGGUUAUGCAGCAAAUAUUAAAAGGAGGUUUGUUGAUGGUAAACUUUCUGGUUUGAAAAGCCAUGAUCAUCCUUUCUUUGAUAUAAUGGUACACUUAGUUAUACAUUUACCAUAUGAAGAAAAGAUUCUCGGUCUAGUUUUCCAACGCUGGAUGUAUCCUAUAGAAAGGUAUCUGCAAACGUUACAAUCAUAUGUGAGAAAUAAAAGUUGUCCAGAAGCAUCUAUUGCAAAUGGAGCCCUUGCUGUAGAAUGUCUUGGUUUUUGUGCUCGAUAUAUGCAAGAUGUGGAAACAAAAGAGAAUAGACCAUCAAAGGAAAAUGAAGGGAAUGGAAAUGACGUACAUAUAGGAUUGUCAAUUUUUUCCUUAAAAUGUCGUGCAAUGUCAAAAAAGAAAAACUACAAGCCUGGUUAUUAUGUAAUUGAACAAGCCCAUAACUACGUUUUAGCUAACUGUGAGACAAUUCAGGUUUACGCAAGGGAGUAUUAUAAGGCUCUCUGUGAGCAAUACAACAAUAACUAUGAGAUUAUUGAUGAUAUGUAUAAAAGAAAUUUUUCAAAGUGGUUUGCUAACAGUGUUUCAAUGCAUGUGUCUAGUGACACUUGUGUAGCUGAUGAUCUGAAAUAUCUUAGUUGUUUUCCUAGCAUGUGGGUGAAUACAAUGACAAAAUUCACUUGCAAUGGUUAUCGAUGGCGUGUGAAGAAAAUUGAUAAAGGAUGCGUAACUCAAAAUUCUGGGGUGGUUGUUAAUGCAGACACAAAUGCUGGAAAUGUAGCAUACUUUGGAGUCUUAACUGAAAUUUUGGAAUAG